GUUAUCCCAAUUUACAAAGUGAUCCCUUAUUACUUUGUUUUGGUUGGCCAAAAAGAAAAAAAGUGGAGAGUCACACCAGCGUCUUCGUCUUCUAUCAAACUCCUCUCCCUAAUCGAAUUGCGCCAAAGAAAAAUAAUGGUAUCUGGGUUAAUAAACGAGAACCCAACUGUGUACGAGAGAAAAGAGCGUCGUGUUCGUACCGAUUCCACCAACUCCGAUGAGUUCUCCGUAGAACCUAUCGAUCAGCUCGAGAUUUUUGAUCAUAUAAGAGAUAUAAGAGAUCCAGAGCAUCCUUAUUCUCUUGAACAACUCAAAGUUCUAACUGAAGACUCUGUUGAAGUUGAUGAUCUCAAGAGUUAUGUCAGGGUUACAUUCACUCCAACGGUGGAACAUUGUAGCAUGGCAACCAUUAUUGGUCUUUCUGUCCGGGUUAAACUUAUGCGCAGCCUUCCUCCUCGUUACAAGAUUGAUAUAAGGGUAGCACCCGGUUCUCAUGCAACAGAGGCUGCACUCAAUAAGCAACUAAACGACAAGGAGCGUGUGGCGGCUGCACUAGAGAAUCCAAACCUCGUGGAGAUGGUUGAUGAAUGUCUAUCUCCAUCAUUUGAAUGAUGCUUGAUGCUCUCAACGUACACUAUAUCAUAAUAUGUCUCUGCUCUUGUCCGCGAAGAUUUUGAUUCACUAGGACUUUGUGUUCAGUUUCGAUCCUGUUAAAGACUGAGGAUUUAUUCACAGAACAAUAUAUUGAUUUUGUCUCAUUGUUUCCAUCUUAAAUCACAUUCCUUUCACUACUGAACUUGUCACACACUUGUUCUCUUA